GGUUGACCCUUGACGAGGGUUGAUCCAAAUUUGACCCAAAAAGCGAGUUGCGCAGGAUUUGACCUGCACCAAAUUUGACCCCAAAAAAAAAUCUCCCACGAAGGACAACAGCUAUGGUUGAGCCCAAGCAACGCACCGUGACAGGCGUGUUCUUCUACGUGCCCAACCUCAUCGGCUACACGCGCGUCGUGCUGUCGCUCUACAGCUUGGCGGUGGCGCUCACGGACUACAAGACCAGCGUGCUGUGCUACGCGCUCAGCUUCACUUGCGACUACUUCGACGGCUUCUUCGCGCGCCUCUGCGACCAAUGUACAGUCGCUUUAAGCCUUGUGGGAGAACGCAGGACGCUUCUAACCCGUAUUGUAUUUCUGCUACAGGCUCGACGUUCGGCGCUGUGCUGGAUAUGGUCACGGAUCGCUGCUCGACCGCCGGACUGCUCGUGGUGCUGUCCCACUUGUACCCGCAGUACAUGUUAGUCUUCAUGUACCUGCUGAUCCUCGACUUCUCCAGCCACUGGUACCACAUGUACUCGAGUCGUGGCCACCACAAGGUGGUCGCGGCCGAGCGCAACUUCCUGCUGCGAUUCUACUACGGCUGCUACCCGUUCUUCGGCUUCUGCUGCGUGGGUACUGAGCUGUUCUACAUCCUGCUCUACGUGCUUCACUUCGACCCCACGCUGCUGAUUCCAUUCAUCAACGUCCCCGUCAUGCAGCUGUGCUACUACGUGUGCCUGCCCGCCUGCGUGUGCAAGAACAUCACCAACGUGGCGCAGCUGUGCAGUGCCGCGUACUCGGUUGCGGCUGAGGAUGUGGCACUCGCCAACAAGGCCAAGUAGAGUUGGGGUCCUAAGCAAUAGGGGCGCAAGGAGAGAGAGCUUGCCCACGUAUAGUCAAGUCGUCACUGUCCCAUGAGUGCAUGCAGCAGAUAGCAGGACGUCUGUGAGUGAGAGAAAUAUGAGGCAGAUGCAAAAAAAAAAGCUAUGGUGUUGAGAUCGCCAGCGCUCUUGGCUAUUCUGCCUCCUUCUCUUCAGACUCGCGCGGAUACAAGAUAUCAUAGUGUCCCGGUCUAUACAGUAGCGUGAUUGACACAGGCUCUUGCUGUGUGGUUGCCUCCACUGUGGGUGAACACACGUAGCUCUGCAGAUCCUCCCCAGGUCCGGCACUUCCGUCCAGAUACUCAAUCUUGACCCCGACUUGGAGCGCCUCUGUCAGUGCUGCAAUUUGGGGCUGGUCGCACUCCUUCCCCAUAGGCUCCACCUAACCAAACAGCACUCGUUAGUUCUCUUCCUCAUCCCUUAACAAUCGGCAGUCAUCUCACCUCUGCAGCGCAGAACUGUGCCACCGUUUGGCCCGGAUACAGACCGUCAAUGAAAGGCUGGAAGGUCUCUGCGUUCUUCUUCAUGUACCCGGCGGUGAGCAGCCGCAUGUACCAGACCAAGUACUCGGAUUCUCCUCCCUCUGUCUGGAAAUCUUGUACUAGCUCCGCGUGCGAACGUGUCUCCAUGGCUGCUAAGUAGUCCACGAACGUCUCCCAGAAUGCGUCGAUGGCCACGUCACUGUAUCCGAUAGCCACCAGUUCGCUCUUGCUCAUCUGGAUCUUAUCCUGAAUGCGACUUCGUAGUGCUGCGUUGCUAUCCUCACCCCCAGCACCUCCAGUCGGCAAUAGCUGCUCGCAUAGUGCGAAGAUGAAGCCCCGGAAGAAGCAGUUGCCAUCUCCACGAACGCGUCGAAGCGCCUCAUAGCGCGCGUUUAGUGAAUCGAUGCCGUGCAUGAAGUUGGGGUUCGCAUUGCCCACGUAUUCGGCCUUAAGGCACAGCACCGACAUGCGGUCCGACAGCAGCGGACCUACGGGCCAGUCCGGCUCCGUCGAUUCAUGCUCGAUGUCAGCCAUGCUAAAGAUGCAGUGGAUUCAUCCCAGGUUUUGUCGAGACUGUUCAGCUCUCGGGUGUCAUUUACGUUUCGCUGUCUUUUUUAAGCUUUGUUGUCUCUCGUGCGGGUUGUAUUUCAUUUUCACGGGGAUUUUUCUGAUCCACAUUUAUGUCCCAAGACUUCAGCUUGAUGAUCUUUUAGUGGUUUCUCGAGUUACACUCGGUUACAGACUGGAGCUCUGGUGCUACUUGACUGCAUCCACGUGGUUGAUCCAGUCUACGCCGUGUGGAGAGCUGCCAUCUUCGUCUAGGAUCGCCUCUUCGUCGUCGUUGACCUGAUGUGCUAGCAGAGAUUGGGUUCUUUCGGUGCCAGAUUGGCAAGGCUGUUGCUGUUGUUGUGUUUGUGCUCGAUCCUCCCAUUCUUGGAAGCUGAAGCCGUUCCAAAGCACAGGGUCGUUUAAAAGCUCUGAUCGUGCGUAUUCGGUCAAUUCGUGGGUACUGGCGAGUGGCCAAUCGAGUGCCUUGAGAAGACGAUUCACACGGGCGAUUGUGCUUUGUAUCUGCUCAACAUCCGCCGACGUUUGAGUCUGGAGCAUUCUGCGUUUGAACUCGGGAAAAUAGCUGUCUAGCAGACUGUGGACGUUCAUGAGGUACAUGCCCAUGAGCUCGCAGUCCACGUCAGCCUUAGCCUCGUUUGGAUCAAAUGCGCUUUCGAUUAUCAGCGACUGAGAUAUAAUUUCCAGCACAGCCUCGUACUUAUGUCGGCAUGCUGCUAAGCUCUGAGUCUCCGAUGAAAAUGCUCCUAGUAAACUGUCGGUAUUGCUGCUUCGAGAUCGCACUUCAUCUGGUUUGGUGUAGGCAGCACUUCUCCACUGGUCAGUAAAUGCUACAAUCCGGUAAGCAAUGGCUCUCAAGGUACUCUGCUGCUCAGUUGAAGGGGUAGAUCCAGACACGAUAUAGCCCGGAAACAGCAGCACUGGACCAAUAAAAUGGUUGAAGAAGACGAGAUGCACCGCGUCUAGCUUCAUCUCACGACUUGGAUUUCUUUCGUUUCUCCGAAACAACUUAACACACGCGCGACAGAGAACAACAAUUUCAACUGGGAGCGUUUCAACUUGCGCUGCGAGCUUGUCAAUGAAUUUUUCGAGUUCAGAGACGGUGUCUCGCAUACUCAAGGCACUUGCUUCAUCACGAUAUACCAGCAACUCGGAAAUCCAUGUGGCUCCAACGAUACGACUGAAGCAAGCAAGAGCCUUACUAGCUGUGCUAUCCCGCGUCAAAAACUCUUGGCGCCGAAAAUCCAAUGAUCUCAUACUGGUCAUUCCCUCGGAGUAUUCGAUCGCCAUGAGCUGAAAAACGAAGCGAGUUCCCUGUCGCUCACUCUCUAAUAAAGGCAGUAAGCUCCGCAAGAUAAACGCGAGCACCAAUAUCUCUGUCUGCUUCCGGUUUCUUUUGAAAGGAAGACAGCUCUCCAACACACAUCGACUCACUAGCAAGUUUGGCUCCAACAGCAAAUCCGCUAGAUUCAUGAGCAGCACUGAAUACUCGUAGUCAUUUUGUGCGACUUGUGCCUGGAACACCCGCUGUUGUUGUUCAAACUUCUGUCGUCGCUUCUUACGGGCUUUAGUGCAGCAGCAGCAGCAGCAGCAGAAUCCUAUUGACAAGCAUGAAGCGUUCGAUAAUACCAACCACCCUGCUAGCAAAACCAACAAUGUCGAGGUAUACCGCUCAAACUGCGAAUUCAACGUCGAAACCAAAUUCUCGUCAGCUGUUGAACCAUUCACAUCACCCACGGGAGAGUUAAUCAUAAAGGUGACUUCGGCUUGUUGAGUAUCGUUGCUAGCAUUGACACGCUUUACCCAGAAGAUAAACUCCGUUUUGCGGGAGGAAUCGAGAGAGAUUCCGCGAAACGUAAGUGCUGAUAAUGCUGUACUGAGUGCAGUCUUCGUCCCAGUCACCUGGAUGUGUGAAGGAUCAUAUAACUGGGUCGUGAUGUGGAAGUAAAGCUUGUCUUGAGUAUCAUUUGAACUGGCGUUCAAAUGAGUUCCGUUUGUGCUUCGAACAAGCGUACACGGACGGUCAAAUGGGCAUCCAGUCAUAACAUCAUCGUCGGUGAUGGGGAAUCCCAGCUCAAGCAUUGAUACGCCGUCUUCAGCCUCGAGAUUCACUUGAUACAUGUCGUCAACGCUGAUGCUGUCGGGGUCUUCGAACACUACAGGUGUUGGAGUAGCGUAACUAUCCGACAAAUUUGCUGUGAUAAUGAACGGCGGAAGCGCAAUCAGAGCAUCGGGUACGUUAACGACGUCGAACUCGACUCGGCGGAUUUCGAGAUCAUUGGCGAAAUGUGCUGUGGGUGAAUUUUCAUACACCGCAAGCGAGUCGUUGAUCGGAGGGGUGGUAUUCGAUGCAUGAUACUCGAAGUAAUCGACGUCAGAUACUCGUCCCAUCAAAGCUUGGGUAUUCAAAUUGAAGUAAUCGAGUUGAGGCACGUAGAUAAUUCGACUCCAAUGAUCUGCAACGAUCGUGUUGGAAACUGUGAUGCGUGCGCCAAGAUUCUCAAGGGAGAAAUUCACUGCUCCGCUCUGGUGGUGUUUGAACUGAAAAAGCGUUCCAUGUUGUGGCAGGGUUGUCACUUUGAUGACGGUGUUGGCAUUGGAAAAUGCUGCGAGCGGAUCCAAUGCUCGGAGAUUCAAUGUCUGUAGCGAGUCUUCCUCAAGUCUAAUGGUGACAACUACGUUUUCUCCAAUCCUGUGAUUCAUUUCAUCAACGAGAAUGAACUUAACCACGGCGACAUCAGAGAAGAUACCAGGAUCCCCAUCGGACAAUUGGUACCAGAGCUCAUCAACUUCAAGCGAUGCGCUUCGAUUUUGCUCGAGACUGUCUUGGCCCCAUCCGUGAUAAACGUACAUCAACUUGGUGGAAUGAGUCGCGUUUGCAAUCUCUGUGCCGUUUCGGUAGACACGAAUUGAUUCGAGUGAAUUCAGAUCCAAUACGCCACAACUUGUGUUGCAGUCGUACAGUUUACCGAACUGAGGUAAUCGUACAAUUUUCAGCAACAGGAGAUUUGAGAUAUCGGUCGACUCGUCUGUAUAAGUAAAACUGGACAGCAGAUCAUUCGAAUCAGUGGAUCCAGAUUUUGAAUCUGUAGCGAAAGGAGACCCAUCAACGUCAUCACCUUUCAGAUCCAAAGUAACAGGAACACCAAUUUCAACACGGACUUCCAAUUCAUAUACACAGGGCCGUGGUGCAUCGUUCACAGCAUCCACGAAGAUGUCAAUCCUAGCUUCCGCAGUUUUGUUAACGACCCGACCAGCCAAGCUAUCAGCGAUGCCAAACCUUACCGUCGCAUAUGGUUCCAACCUCCGAGAGAACGCCACUGGGUUUGGUAGUGGAAGGUUCUCGUUGUUCUGGUCACGCUGGGGUUGGAAAAAUAUAUUGCGCUGGUGUUCCAGUGGAAGCUUUUGAAAGGUGCCCAUGUUGUCCGAAGUCACAACGGUUUUGCUAGGAAACAGAAGUAGCUGUCCGAAUUCUGGUAUUUCGCGCAGCUCGAGACGCAAGUCAUUGAAAACUCCAUGAAACAUCGUGAGAUUGAGCAAUACCAACGAGUCUUCAGGAAUUCGCACGGUUUGAUGCAGAGAUGGAAAUUGCCGGGACGGUAGUAACUGUCGCCUUGAAAUCGAAUUCACUUGAUCCUCCGACACCACGCGACGAUAAAUGCCGAAGUGGAAGAUGUCGAAAGCCGCACUAUCUGCGCCUUGAAACAGCUUCACUCUGGAGAACUCACCGCUUCCAUCGCUACUUUGAUCACUUGACUGUGACUGCUGCAUUACAACGGGGCCUCUCGCUUGUUGCUGGACCAAGUUGACCAAGUACUCGACAAUCUGGUCGCCGUACUGCUCCUUGAAGUCUGCAAACUUACUGCGAAGGUAAGCUAAAGGUGUAUCCUCAUUCAACGGUGGAAAAGUGAUCCCUAAAAUUUGUAGUGAGAGCGAGUUAUCACCGAAAAUUCGCAUAGCCUUGGGCAGCCGCGGUCCACUGAUGCUCACUAACUUCUGCUUCAACACUGCACGAAGCCGCUCUGUGGCGUUCAGGUUGCUCGUAUUCCCAAGUGGUUGGAAAUCUCGUGCAGCAGCCAAAUGCUUGCGUUGUCGAGGAAAAGUAACAUUGCGAGGACUGUUGCCUAAAUGCAGUCGAUAUCGACCUUCAAUAAGGUUGUUGAGAAGCUGAGUGUUGGGUGGAUGCUGCUCGUCGUGCACUGCACAGUCCACUCGCUGCAUUGUCUCGACGUCUGUGUAGCUCAUGUAGAAAUCCGUUUUCCAGAGACCUCUCGUACUCGAUGGAUCCAAUGUGACAGUGAUGUGAACGGGUGGAGUUCGUUCCACCGGAUCCAGUUGUGGUGGGAGCUGGCACACUGCUGAGUUGUCCACUGAAAAGAGACGCUGCUCAUAGCAGGCCUCCACGCCUGCUUCGCCAACUUCCUCCAAUACAGGAAGAAAGUAGAUAAAGGCUAACACUUGGUGCUCGUUUACAUCCAAACGAAACCCGGAAUCCGCGCAGUUGUCGUACUCGUUGGCGAUGGAGAACAGAGUCAUACUGUGGUUGAUCUUCGCUCGGGGCCGAAUCACCAUCUCGAAUGUCACGCCACCUUCACUUAACGUGCUGUUCCUCACGGCUGCCAUUGUGAAGAAGUCACGUGCGGAGACUGAGCUGAUCGAAGAAAGCUGUACCCGCUUGGUGUCGUUGUUGGGAUCCUCUGCCAGGUGGACUCCAAGCUGCCAGAAGGAAGACGCUGUGUUCAAACUCGUCACGAGCUCGUUGUCUGGCUGGAGAGCGUCAAACGGACAAACAUCACCGGGCACCAGGUUCAUAACAGUGGCUCCGCCUGUGAUAGCAGGAUCGUCGAAAGUGUAGAGGCAUAUGGGCUUCCAAGCGGCUCGCUCAUGGAGGAAGCUGGUGAUAGCCGAGUCUAGCUCACGUCUUCGAGUGGCAGCACCACAACCAGCGAUGCAAAGCAACACAAGCAACAGGAAUCCUUGCAUUGAUCUUGGGGUUCCGAGUUCUGCGUAGCUGGUUUCUGCCUGUUUCUUAUUUCAGUAUGUCCACCUUUACUGGAAACGCUGCAAGGCCAAGCAGGGUAAAGCUUGUAAAGCGACACAAGGCUUACACUCGAAUUUCAGCGAUUGUUGUCAGCGGAAGUCGCUGAAAACCUUGCCCCCAGCCGACCAGCACUUGUAGCCUUGUCUAUUGACGCUGGUCACCCACAAGCGAAUAAAAUCGUUGGUUCCGUCGAUGUUUGCUCCAGCCACCAUAUCCUGUUACCGUGUCCGAUGCAUGACCAUUAGAGCACUUCAAUCCGAGUUCCGGUCUGCCUCCAUCC